AUGCACGCAUUCCGAAACCCCAAUUCCCUAUAAUGCAUUUCUUUUAGGAAAACUCAAUUCCGAAAGACAUACAUAGACAGCUACUUGGAGCGUUGGUUGCUGGUUCUGAUCAGGAUCCUGAGGUGCGCCCUUGUACUCUCCUAGAGAUGGCGCAGGUGCUGGCGGCAGUGAUGAACGGCCUGAGAUCGAUUGUGAGGGCGCUGUGGGGUUUGCAAGAGAGGCGCUUCUUUGCCACGUUCGACGCUGUGAUGUCAGCCGCAGUGUCCCUGACCACGGCGCUUGUGGUUUGCUUGCUGUCGUCCACUAAUGGGCUAAGAGCAGAAGUAGCUGUUGCCUACAUUUGAUUGAUUUUAUCCUUCUCAAUUCCUUUGUUGCUUCGCCUUAUUAUUAAUUAUUUGUAUUCUUAUUUUAUUUUAACCUGGUCACACAAACACACACACAAAGAGAAUCUUUAAUUGUGAUUUAGGGUCAUAAUUUAAGUAAUGUUUUUAAAAUCAAACGGGGAUUAAACC